AUGAGCCGUGACCGAUACUCGGCGAUCUUAGAAUUUCUACACUUUGCCGACAACACGCAGCCUGCUGAUGCUGCUGACAAACUGCGCAAAGUCCGUCCACUAAUUGACCUGAUGAAUAACAUGUUCCGUACAUCAUACAAGCCGAAGAAGGAGAUUAGUAUUGAUGAAGAGCUGGUCAAAUUCAAAGGCCGAGUGUCAUUUCGGCAAUACAUACCUAGCAAGCGUGCCCGUUUUGGGGUGAAGAUCUUUGCGCUAUGUGAUCACAAAGGCUAUUACUGGAACUCAUCCAUUUACCUUGGAAAGCCCCUCACCCCGUCGCCAUUGACUACAGAACUCGGCGUGUCUGGUGCAGUGGUGGUCUCUCUCCUACGGGACCUGAUUGGCAAAGGCUACCAUCUCUACCUAGACAACUUCUACAACAGCCUUCCAUUGUGCGAGUACUUGACAGACCGAAACACUAGCGUGUGUGGAACGCUGCGCUCCAACCGUGUUGGUAUACCUAAAACAUUGAAAGACGAAGAUGUGCCUAAAGGCAAAUUUGCUUACCUGCGCAAAGGAAGAAUGGAGAUUAUCAAGUUGCACGACAGAAAAAUGGUCUACAUGAUUUCUAACAUCCAUAACACUGACACCACCGCCACCGGCAAACGCAACCGACAGCGCCAACGGAUCCACCGCCUCACGAUCAACCACAACUACAAUCAAUACAUGGGAGGAGUUGACAAGAACGAUUCGAUGGUAGCAGCUCACUCUGGCCUUCGAAAAUCCGUGAAGUGGUACAAAAAGGUUGGAUUCCAUUACCUCGAGGAAGGCCUCCAAAACGCCUUUAUUAUUUACAAGCAGCUAUCGCACAAAAUUAUUAGCCACUAUGGCUUCUUGAAAGAAGCAGCCAGCAGCUUGCUGUCAGAGGCCGAGCAGCCAGCAAUUGCAGCUGACACUGGCAACCAGGAUCGCCUGCUUGGGAGACACUGGCCUGCUGAAAUGCCUCCGACUGAGAACAACGAUCGUCCGCGCCGUAGAUGCCGUGUUUGCCUCUCCCAUGGCCGGAGGAAGGACACAACCGUGAUGUGCGAAACAUGCCAUGACAAGCCACCUCUGUGCAUUGGUGGGUGUUUCAAGGCCUACCACACAAAGAAGAAUUAUUGA